CUCCCUUGCAGCGUGAAAAGUGAGAGAUAAGAGCCACACUGGACUUAACUCAGUAUACCUAAGGCCUAAUCCUGCACUUGAAGUUGCCAGUGGAGAUGAGAGUGGGUGAGUGUCCUGUGCAGAAAAUGGCCUCCUGUCUGAGAUCUAAUGUUCGACAGCCUUGAAAUCAGCUUUUGGUGGGGGCCAAAGGUUGGCAACACCAAGAUGUUUGACAGGAGCAAGCCAACUGAUGAAGCUUCUGCUGCUUCAGCACAAGGCAUAGAAAGACGAGGUAUUGAAGGAUCCCUACGACAGGAGAGCAGUAGCAGUGUAAGCAUACGAGGGCCAGAGCAGGUUGGACCUGGGUUAUCCAGUGUGCAAAAUAGACAAGGCUAUUGCAACUGCUGCCACGUGCACUACAGCAAUCUUGAACAGCAUGUUUUCAGUUCCCAGCACAGACAUUUCACCAUGUACUGCAGGAAUCGCACAGGUACCACCACCCUGAUGGAGCGUUUCCUGCAAGAUGUUCUGCAACAUCAUCCCCACAGAUACCAUGACAACAGACCAACAUAUGAUGACAUGCCAUUUCCCAUCUCCCCAAUGGCUCCCCAGGAUGUUUUCCUGCUUCCAGAAGAGGAGAAAGAGGUGGUAAGAAGCAUACGGGAGAUGCCUGGCACAGACAGUGAAUCCAUUGUUAAAUCAUGCUCCCCUCCUCCUUGCAGAUCUCAGGAGGGCUUAAAGUCAAUUUCUGUGCCACAGACAUUUAUCCAAAACCUAAAGAUGGGACAGGAACACAUCUUAGAAAUAUCCCAGCAAACUUUGGACCUCUGUAGCAGUGAGAAAAGACAUACGCUAAUGGAUGGUGCUCAGAUUGCAAAUAGUAGCCAUGAUGGCCAGUUUACAGCUGUGAGCCCAAUAUCUCACCAUUUGCGUAGCACCCCUUUAUGUCACAGUUCUCCUGUUAGCCCUGUAAUUGCAAAAAAUAUUAGGUGCUCAGCAACCUCAAAUUUGAUUCCAAGUAUUAGAUAUGAUCACAUGCAGAAGGAUGUAUGCCAUAAGGAUGGAUCAUUAAACACAAAUCCUAAUCCUGUUCUGGCAUCAGUUGACCCAAAAAACCCUUCAUUUUCACAUCAGAGUCCUAUCUGCAGCCAAGUCAAUGCUUCAUAUAUUAUCUCAGGUCAAUCUUUUUUUAAACUAGAUGGUUUACAAUCUCAGGAUGAAACUUUGGUGUCUGACUUCUGUCUCAGGGAUCUUGUGAGUACUAGCAACUCACUAAGUUUUGGGGCAUCCCCACAAUUAAAAAGAUACAAAGACAUGAAGGUGAGCAGGGUUGAUGAAACUUCAGUAGAUGAGAUAAUUGAAGAAGUCAUUCUGAAGUACUGCCAUGGAGCUCCAUCUAAUGAGUUGUAUUGCAAACAUGAAGAGAGUAAUUCCUAUUUAAAUAUUUCAUCACUUCUGGAUCACAAUAGUCUAGAGGGCUCUGAAAUGAGUUUUGAUUGUGAGGCACCUGUUUGCUCAGGAGCAGGCCUACCCAAGGCAGCUACAAAGGAUAUAGAAUUCCUAAAAGAGGUCCAAGUAAACCUGGAAGAUAGGAACUAUGGAACCCAACUUAGUUCUGUUCUAAAAGGUGGUUCAGUGGAGCAAACAGAAGCAGCAAAACAGGAUAUAAUAAUUCAUAAUGAGGAAUCCAUUCUUCCAGCUCUGCCUCAUGUGCCUCCUUCCUUUGUGGGAAAGACGUGGUCCCAGAUAAUGUAUGAAGAUGAUAUAAAAAUUGAAGCACUUGUGCGUGAUUUCAAGGAAGGUCGUUUCCGUUGUCAUUUCAACAGUGAACCCUCUGCCAACUGUACAGGGAAGAGGAUGAGAAAGAAGAAGCAGAAAGAUGAAAGGAAGAGUGACAUUGUUACAGGUAACAGAACAGAAACUUCAUCAGUUAAAGCAUUGGCAGAAUUUAAUGAUGCUAUAAGUGGUGGUUCUGAUUUUGAUAAUCUUUUGGCUUCUGAUACACUAUGCAACCCACAAAUACUUCAGAUGCCUAGAAAGAGGACGUGGCGCCUUGCUUCAAGAUGCCAAGUGGUCAAAGUCAGCCAUGGAACCCAAACCAGUUUAGUGAACUAUCCAAUAGUAAAAAGAAAAAUCAUUAGAAAGGAGCCGGAUCCACCGGAUCAGAAAGCAAACAUUAUUUGGUCAGAGAAUGAAAGAAUUUCAAACAUGAAAACCAGACUGUGUGCCCUCAAGCUUCCUGAAGCAUAUACCAAAAUUAUGAGCCCUCUGCAGCCCAAGACAGUGGUUUAUGUCCUUUCAUGUCCAGAGAUUAAACAAUAUAAAGGCAAACCCAUAGAUAUUCCCAAAAUGAGGAGAAAUCGCAACUCCACAGACAGCAAGGAUUCUGUAAGGUACAGAUACAAACAAUGUUCUCUUAAGUAUUAUGACCCACUGACAAAUCGAAUUCUGAAAACCCCUCCCAAGAGCACAGUUAGAGAAAAAGCCAAAAAUCCCUCCCAUGUUCGACAACUGUUUAGGAGUCUAAGCCUUGAUGCAAACACAAAGAAACUAUCUGAUACACAGAGAGAAUGUACACCAUCUAAAUCCUUCAAUUGGCCAGGCUUCUAUAGUUCUUCUUCAGCGACUUUCUUGUCAGAUCCAGUUAAAGGGAAUGAUAUGAAUUCAAGUCUGAGGACAGAUGGAGCUUCCAUUUCCACAGAAAGGUCUGAUUUUCCGGUAUUUGUUCACUCAGAGAAGUCCUAUAAACACGUAGUCAUUUCACCUUUCAACUCCCAUCAGUCUCAGAUAGAAGGAGAUGUUAGAUUAACCCCAAUUAAUAUCAGGGUUGCCAAAACACCUUUGAGGUCAAUCAGGAGCGAACGGUUGGAGAGGGAGAAUUCAAAGACAAUGUGGAAGAGGAAAGAAGGCACUAGUAGAGAACCAGGUUUUUCCAAAAAGGCUUCAGGACCCAUGUCUGUCAAUUGUGGCCUUGUGAGAAGAGGAAGUAGAGUAGCCUCAGGCAAACAAGCAUCCAGAACUAAAAAGCAAAAAAAGGAGCAUAUAAGAAGAAAGCUCUCUUGUGCCCAAAAAUCAUCUUCUGUCUUCUCCAUCCAUAGGCACCAGACAAGGAAACCUACUUUGGGAAAGCACCUCAAAAAGGAAAAACUUGAUGCUAAAAAGCUAAAGGUUAGGAGGAAACCCAGGAGGUCGUUUUUGAACUCUACAGUCAUUUCAGGGAUUACUGAAAAGAGGCAGAAAAUCACAGCAGGGUCUUUUCCGAAGAAGCCAGAACUAGCCUCUUCCAAAGUUAGGGGCUGGGAGAUAAGGGUCUCCCCAGCACGGUGAAACAGCCCUCUGGAAGAACUUCUAGUAUACCUGUAUUGGGAGGCUAUCUUGUUUUACCAGGAGAUAGCUAGCCAAUAAAACAACAACAAACUUUUACUUACCCAACAACUGGGAAUAGGCUGAGGAAAAAGUGAACAGAAGGUGGUAAUACAAAAUCCAGGUGAUGUGCCAGAACUGCAGAUACAAUGAAUCGAAAGUCCAGUAAUAAACUACUGUAGCAACAAACUAAUUUCAUGUUGUUGGAAUAUGGGCGCACUAUAUAUUGCACUGUUUUUCUUCGAGUGAUGGUCCCCAUUGAAUUCCACUGAGAAUUUGCAUGUGUGCCAUGCAUCUGGAGCUGGAGAGUUUGAAAGUAGUAGUGUCCAUUGGUCUGCGCAUCACCCUUGCCUCGCCUCGUGGAUUCGUACUAGGUGAUAAAGGGCGGGGUGGACGGACUGCAUGUCCAGUUCCUUCUCACAGCUGCAUGGUCCAAGUCAGAGCUAAUAGUGUCCUCUCGACUCUGAUGCACUUUUAAAAGAAAAAUGUUUUAGAAAUUGUCUAUAGUUAGUUUUUAUUCUGCUGUUAUUACUGUUUCUUAGGUAGUUAAGUUUUUAGUAAUAGUUUUUGUAGGAUUUGGACUUUGGGGGGAUCUGUUUUUCUAGUCCCCAGCAGCUACACGCCAGUGCUGGAUUAUGCCAAAGAUGCCAGGGUUCAAGAUUUGCGCUUCCUGCCCCCGUUUUGUUCUCCAUCAGUGAUGAGCACCAACGCUGCUUCUACUGCUUGGGAGAAGCCCACAUUUCAUCAGCAGUAUCUGCCAGUCCUUCCCAAGUCAUACCUGAGAAGGCCGGGCUUUCCUCCUCAAGAAGCACCUCAUGGAGGUCACCAUGACGCCGCAGUUGGACCCAGUCCAGUGACCCACCCCUGUACAUCUGACUGAGAAACCCAGUAGUGUGCCUCUGGCCUCAGAGCUUGAACCUGGCUCUGGUGGUACCGCUGCUAUGGACCCCAUGCCAGGGCCUAGUCGGGAGGAAAGGAAGCAUGGACCAUAAGCAUGGCAGUAAGUCUUCCUCCAAGUCAAAAAAGAAAUGAUGUGCCUUACAUGAGUUCCAGCCACAGAGAAGCAGUGUGUUCCAAGGCGCCCAUGCAUGACACAAAAUUUGUGCAGACCAACAGAUCUGCCGGUAUAGAGAACCCAGCUACACAUGCCUUCACUGUCCGCUUCCCUUAAGACAAGGGAUCCAUCAGUUCCUGGACAGUCCUCUGCUCUGGUGCUGGCUACAGAACAGGUACCGUUGACGCUGGGAUGCUUAGAGAAAGCACCGGAGUCCCAUGAGCGGUUUGUCCUGGGGGAACCAAGAUGUUCACACCUUCCUCUGCCACCUGCACCUAGAGAAGGCUGAUCUCCUAUCUGGCACUUGCCACAGUCAGGCCCUACUUGGAUGCCUCCUUCUGUGGAUUGCACACUUCCGACGGUACUGCCAUUGGAACCAGGAUCUGAGUUCUCGUCAUCCUUGGAUUCUGACCGAGCACAAGAGCCACUCGUUCCUUAUUGCCAGUAUGAGUACCCAAAAGGACUGCCAGUCGUAUGGCAAUACCUCCCCCAACAACAGAGAAGCCACUGGUUGCCUUCACCUUGCAACAUCCACUCGAUCAGUCUUUCUGGCCCUAUUGAGGGUCCUGGUCUCAGUACCUACCCUCAGAACCUGUCUAUUCCACGAGGGAGGCUUUGCCUCUGUUCCCAAUUAGGGCACCCUUGAGCAGAUACUCUGAACAAGUUAUGGAGGAUGAACUGCUCAGUCCUGUUCCAACGGUACCGCCAGAGCAGAAAGGCUUCCCUUCAUCCUCUUCAAAUGCUGCAGUCACUUCAGCCUCCCCCUUGUCUCCUGGUGACUUUUUUGCCAGUUCCAAGAACUUCUGCAAAGGAUGGCGGAUGAGCUGCAUAGUCCACUGGAGAAAGUACAAGACAAGCUGCAUCAAUGCCUGGACAUCUUUCAUUCCAUGGUACUGAGCAGGGUUGCCCUACCAAUCAAUAAUGCUAUUCUUCAGCCAGCUUGAACAGUUUGGAAUACCCCGGCGACUUGCACACAGAGAAGAGAUACUACGUACCAACCCAGGGGUCGGAGUUUUUUCCCCACCCCAAUUUUCUCAUGGUGCGAGCAGCAACGGAAUGCUCCAGACAGCAACAUCUGUGCUCCAUCUCGACAGAUAAGCAGGGCAAACAUUUAGAGCUUCUGGGAUGCAAGGUCUUCUCUUCAGCAAGCCUCCAAUUCCAAAUUUCAAACUAACAGGCCUUGUUGGCCAAUUAACGAUGGCAAAGUGAAGGACUUUACUGAAAAGCUGCCUCAGCAAAAUUGAGCAUGUUUCCGGUCUAUCCUGGGGGAGGGUAAGCUGGUGGCUAGAAUGGUGCUUCAGUCAGCUGUGAAUGCUGCAGAUUCCGCCUCACACUCGAUGGCCACAGGCAUUGUCAUGCGAAGGGAAUCAUGGCUUCACUCAUGCAGUUUUCCCAGAGAAUGGCAGAAUACCAUUGAGGACCUUCCUUUUGAUGAGUUUAAUCAGAAAACCAAAAAUCCCUCCAUUCUCUCAAGGCUUCCAGAGCCACACUUAGAUUGCUGGGUAUCUAUACACUUGAACGCAAGAAAAAUUCUACUCCCCAACACCUACAGUGAUUCACAUCUCCCUAGUUCUUCCAUCAGAGGCCAUAUAAACCUCAUUGUAAGUGGCAGAAGACCCAACAGAUCCCACCCUCCAGGCCCGGCUUCUCAGUCUUCGUCAUCUUACAUGCAAUCUUCUCAGAAGCGAUAUUUCUGUGUACCACUAAAGAACCGUCAACCACAAGGCCCUCUGCCAUGGAGCCAACCCAUCCCCUUUGGGAGUCAUCUAGCACUCUUCUUACCAGCUUGGAGUGCAAUAAUAACUGAUAAGUGGGUCCUGGAUGACAUCCACUAUGGUUAUACAAUCGAGUUCACCACACUACCUCAUCCAGAUCCCCUGCCUUGAUCCCUUUUCAGGGACCACUCUCACGACAGCAUCCUUGCCCUAAAAAUAGACUCUUUACUGCAAAGGGGAGCAAUAGAGCACAUUAUUCCAAACUAUCAGGGCACAGGGUUAUUCCACUUACUUCCUGGUACCCAAGAAAAAGGGCGUCUGGAGACCAAUCCUGGACCUACGGCACUUCAGCCACUUCAUCUGCAAGCCCACAUUUAGUAUGGUUACCUUAGCAGCCAUCAUACCUUCUCUACAAAAAGGCAUGUGGGUUACGGCUCUAUUUUCACAUAGACAUCCAUCCAACCCACAGGAGAUUCCUGAGGUUCACGUUGGGUCCUCAGCAUUUUCAAUGCGGGGUCCUACCAUUUGGACUCACCACUGCUCCCCGGGUCUUCACCAAGGUUUUCUUUGUCAUAGCAGCCCAUCACAGGCACACUAGGGUCCUUUAUUUUUCCUCUUUCUCACACCUUCACGCUCAGUGGAAUACAGUAAGGACUAUCACUUGAAGAAGAACAUGUUACUUACCUGUAACUGGAGGUUCUUUGAGGUGUGGGUCCCUGUCUGUAUUCCACUUUCUUCUCUGCUUGCCUCUCUGCUGUGGAUCUAUUCAAUUUGUGGUGGAGAAGGAACUGGAGACACGAUUGGUCCGCUCCACCCUUUAUUGCCUUGGACAAAUCCAUGAGGCAAGGGAAGGGUGCGUGUGCGGACCAAAGGACACUACUGCUUUCAAAUUUUCUGGCUCCUGACACAUGGCAUGCAUGCAUAAACCCUCUGCAGAAUACAGAUAGGGACCACCCAACUCGAGGGUAAGUAACCUCCUUUUCUAUUGUGUAAAGUUACAGAAAUUGUGUAUUUGUUUAAAUUAAGCACUUAGGACCCUAUUUACUACACUUCAGUGCACUGUCGCCUUUUACAGGAGAAAAACUGUGAGCUUAAAUUGUAUCAUAUUGUAUUGUGUGAUAGUAAAUUCAGUGCAUUAUGUUGCACUAGACUAUAAUAAAGUAUCAUGUAGAAUCACCAUUACUUAUUGUGCCUACCUUUCCUCAAAAUUGUAAAGUGUAAAAAUAUGAUUAAACAAUUGCGCUAAAUUAAAUGGAGUAAUAUUAAUUUGUAGGGAAUAUGUAUUUUGUGUUUGUAUGUGUAUAUUCACACCCAAUUAUACAUACAAUACAUUUUCAAGACUGUUUCAAAGGCAGUUUAAAUUAAUACAGUAUGAUACAAAGCAGAUCAGUGCAAUGGUGUCUUCAACAAAUAUACAAUUACAGUAUUGUGGCAAGUUGCGUAAUUAGUGUUUUUCUAAAACCAUGUCCAGCUUUAUUGGACAAAACAAGAGCACUGUGGACUUUCACACUAGCAAUAAUGGAUGGUGUUGGUAAGGAAAUAAUAAUCUUUCCAGUGCUAUACAAGCAACAUGAUUGAGAUCCUAAUGAAACCUCAAAAACCAAAAGAAAGUUAGAGUUAAAUCUGAAAAUUUAGCUUAAUGGUUUGUUUCAACGAUGCAAAGGUGAAUUAUGAAUAGAGCAGAGAAAAAGGUUGUACUAGUGAGUGUGAAUGGCAGUGGGUUAUCCUAAAUUUCAGCCUUAACUGUGAAGUCCUUUUGGUUUUUUUUGUGUAUUUAAAGCAGACCUGUUUUUACUUAAACUUAGUUUACUGUAGUUGAGAGUUUCCUUCUUUUAAAAACUUAUAUUUUACAAAAUAGUCCUUAGCUGACUAAACUCUCAUGGCCAUAGAUUGUGGGUUUUUUGUUUUUUUUUUUAAUAUUUUAUUAUCUGUGGCCAUGAGAGUUUAGUCAGCGAAGGACUAUUUUGUAAAUACUUAACUGCAGUUUUUAAAUAAUCAUAUUUCAUACUGACUUAUGGUUGGUUAUUGACAGUCUUAACAAUUCCAUAUACCUAUAGGUGGUCCCUACUAAAUUCACAGCCAUGAAAAACACAUCAUGGACCAUGAAAUCUGGUCUCCCCUGUGAAAUCUGGCUAUUGUAGAGUGGUCACAGUAUUACCACCCUUAUAUUUGCGCUGCCUUCAGAACUGGGCGGCCAGAGAGUGGCAGCUGCUGGCCAGGCGUCCACCACCAGCCGUGCAGAAUUAGGAGUGGCAUAGUAUGGGUGGGGUCAUCACUUUUGAGGGGAGCAGGGCUCUCCUUACAGUGGGCGAUGUGGGUUAACUUCCCAGGGUGCCAUGGUCAGAAGGGCACUGUGGUCUCACCCUCCCCUUCCUCCCCCCCACACAACUAAGGCCUCUUUAACCCCCAAGCACUGGCCCUGGAGCUGGGGAGGGGCCGGGCUGUGGGAGCCCCAGUCGGGGGCUUCUACCAUGCGCUGGGCUCCAGCUGCUAGUUCUGGCUUGGGUGGGAAGAGGUGGGACUUCCUCUUCCUCUGCACAGGUCACACCCAUCUCUGGGAACCUUCCCAGGCUGUAGGAGGUUCUAUGGCUGCUGGCUGGGAGCCCAGCUCUGAAGGCAGCGCUGCUGCUGCCUUCAGAGCUGGGCUUCUGGCCAGCAGCUGCCACACUACGAACACCCAGCUCUGAAGGCAACAGUGCAAAAGCCCAUAGCCUUUUUUCUUUUUAGAACUAUUAUAGUGACAGCCUCUUUUGUCAAGGCAUAUUUAGAAGACACAAACCCCAAUCCUGCAAAUACUUCUGCACUUUGAACUCCAUGAGACCAGGGCCGGCACCAACUAAGGAAGCAGGUGCUUGGGGCAGCCAAAACAAAGGGGCGGCACUCCAUCCGCUAUUGGGGUGGCCCGUCCGGGUCUUUGGCAGGAAUUCGGUGGCGGGUCCCUCAGUCCCUCUCUUCCUCUUUGAGCUGCCGCCGAAGAGGAAGAGAGGGAGUGAAGGACCCGCCACCGAACUGCCGCCGAAGAAUGGAGCGGCAUGUUUGAGCUGCCGCCGAAGUGCCACCGAUUGGUUUUUUUUUUUUUUUUGGUUGGUUGGUUGUUUUUUUUUCCUGCCACUUGGGGCGGCAGAAAACCUGGAGCCGGCCCUGCAUGAGACUGUUCACCUAGGUCAGGUAUAGCGUGUGCUUAUAAUAUCUGCAGGAUCAGCACCUUAAUUUGGAGAUGUACAACUUAAUAAACAAUACAAAAUUGUUUGGAAUCUUCUGAAAUCCAUUUGAAAAUUAAACAAAAAAUAGCAGUAAUUUGGAAUGGAAAAGACCCAUCUAGCCUUGUUAUACAUCUUCUUGCCCGUGCACAGGAUGAUUGUGCGUAUGCAAAAAGAAAAAAGAAAAAAUUUAAAAAACUGGUUUAUUUGCAUUUUUCCAAAGUGCCCAUGGUCACUAGUUUGAGUUAAGGACUUAGUGGACCUCAAAAUGUUGGUUUUAAAAACACCAUUGCUGAAUUUUAUUAAUUAAAAAAGCACCAUAAACAACUAAUAUAUUUUUUAAAUAAUACUCUUGGCAUCUCUUCUUUGGUGCAUGUGCAUAAUUCCCAUGAGAAGUAAGAGAUUGCAUGUAUUUACAUCACCAGAGAUCAGAUUCUUUUAUAACUCUUGGUCCAACUGAUUAUUUUUUUUUAACUUUGGAAAUAGCUUUUAUUUUCCCAGAGACCUUCUUAUACACUUGUCAGUCCAAGACAGAAUCCUAGGACCAUGUUAUAAAUAACUGGAAAUAAGGGUUUCUUUAAAAAAAAAAAAAAAAACACCACUGGUAGCCCCAUUAACUAAUUGUGCCUCUUUAAUUUGAUAUUUUGUCUAAUAAUAUAACUGAUUUUUUUAAAGCAAAGUUGUAAAGGAAAGGUUUUUAUAGCAAAGCUAAUUUUUAAAUAAACGUUUUAAAACAAAAGGGUUUUCUUUAGAGGUAAACUUACGUUUUAAAUCAAAGUUUUAAACUAAGUUAGUACCAUACGUAAAUCUCAUGCUGACAUAUUUUUAUGGUAUAAGAAUGUCCUCUCUACCUAACCUGUUCUGACUCAUUUUCAGAUAUGCAUAGUUCUGUUUGUAAAUAUGGUUUUGUGCACAUUCUACUUGAGAACAAUUAUGUGUGUGUGUGAUAUAAAAUUAUAUAACUUACGGUCAAUAAAUGGACUGUCCUUCAUGUUCAUCAAUUGUAAACUUGUGCUUCUCCCACAUACACAACUUUCCCUUGGAACCUCAUAAUAGUCACAUGUUGAAAACUUUAGAAUGUAAAAAAUGUUAUGCACUUUUGCAUGAAAAAUCUUUUGUAAGUAGGGCCCUGAGUCAGUGAUUUUUUUUAAAUUAAAUAAUUGACUAUAUUUAAAUAAGAGUUUAAAUAAUUAUAUAUUUUCCUUUAAAACCAAUAUGAAGAGUAACAGCUUAUUAUUUUUUUAAAGAAAAAAAAAAAGUACUUGGAGUAUAAGUUUUGGAAAACUAUUGGUGUAAUAGUAGCAAAACAACAUUUAUUGUAUGUUAAAAUUCCUUUAUAUACCUGACUUCUGACUGUUAAAGACCUUUUCUGUGCAUGCUCAAUGAAUAUGGAACAAAGAGAAAACAAUGACAUGAGAGGUAAAUAUAGAAACUCGGAAAGAAAAACUGGGGAGAGAUAGUGGCAAAGAGAUGCUCAUAGGAAGCCAAUGUGUGUUUGUUUAUGGGGUCAGUGAGAGUCAUUUGUUUAAAAAGAGCAGGGUUGACAUUUUCAAAGUGGUUGUGAGAUGUGUGUCUAAUUCCCUAGAUACACAUCCCAUUAGAAUGAAUGGGCCAGAUUCCGCUACCAUAAUACAUGUUCAGUAGUAUCUUAUUUCAUGAGUAGUUCCACUGAAAACAAAAGACACGAAUAAAGAUGGUAGAAUCUGGUCAAGUGAAAAUGCGGGAAAGGAUGUGAGUGAACUUCUGAUUGUGUUGAAGGUAAUGGAAAUAUUACUUUUGACUUCAGUGGGGCCAGGAUUUCACCCAAUGUAUCCAAAUCAUUUGCACACACUGAAAGCCUCAACCCAGAUUCACGUAGGGAAGCAAAAAAGAGGGAAUGGGCUAGAGGGGGGGGUUUAUUUUAUUUAUAUAUAAUAUAUAAAAUGAAUAGUAGCAAAAAAAGAAACACUUCUAAAAUAAAUUUAGUGAAAGCUUAGACAAAGAAUAUUUUGUAACAGCUGAAAGAGAAUAGUUUCUAGCCCUGUUUCUUGGUCCAUGUUAUAUAUUAUUGACUUUUACACAUUUUUUCACAUUUCAUUGAUUAAAACAAAUUUGUGACUUGUCUGACUUCACUACCAUGCUCUCUCCACCAUUGAAAACCUGGCAUUUCUUCCCCACUGAAAUUCUUUUAUUGUUCUUGUUUAUUUGCAUUAUUGUAGCAUCUGGGAGCCCCAGUUAUGGACUUGGAUCCCAUUGUGCUUUGUCUAAAUAUAGAACAAAAAGAUAGUUCGUGCCCCAAAGAGCUUACAAUCUAAUAUAAAUUUAGCAAUUUCCCUCUCCAAUUCUUGUUCCAUUUUCCUCUCCAAUUCUUUCUAGCUAAUUUGCCUGUAUUAAUUUGUAUAUGAUGUUCUCAUGAUCAUAGUAUCAAAAUGUUCCUUUUUUGAGGUCCUGAUUCAGAAAAGUAUUUAAGUAUGAGCAUAACUAAGUGAACAGAACUACUCAGUUACACACGUAUUUAAGUACAUUGCUGUACUGGUGCCCAGCUGGAUAUCAUCAUUUUGUGCUUAAUAUUUUCACAUUAAUUUUUCUUAUCUUUAUUUUGAAUUUUCUCCUUUGAUGUUGUAAUUCUUUCCGUCUUUUCUCUGUCUGACUCUUCAGUCACUUACUCUUACUGUUAUUACAAACUCAUUUUGUCUUACAUGUUGAUUGUUGGCCUUGUGCAAUGCUGCAGUUAGAUGGCUUUUCCAUUUUAUUAAUAUAGUUCUUAAUCCUACUGUUUCUUCAGAUUUCCUGUUUUUGCCCAUUUCCCCUUAAGGCAUCUUUGUUUGCAUUAGCUCCUUUUUGCAUUUUCUGCCAUUAAAAAAAUUUACCUUCCAUCAGGAAACAAAUAACAGGAGUCUCUAGUAUGGGACCAAAUGAACUAAGUUAUUCCAGAAGAGGCAAGAACAUCCUAACACUUGAUUGCUUGUUUAUAAUCAUGUAUUGGACUGGGAAAGUAAAGUAAAAAGUAUAUCAUUUUGUAAUGUAUGCAGAAAUGUGUUUUGUGCUAUCCGUUGAUUUGUUAUAAAUUACAGUAUUUUAGAUUACCUUUUCCUGGAAACUUUCCAGUGGCAUAGGUCUGAGCAUGCCCAGAAAGCAAAGGUUUUCUUUCUUGUUUGUUUUUAAUGUUUUACAGAUAUGAGUUUGUUCAUUCCUCCAACCAUAAAACAUCACAAGUCCUGUUUUAAUAAAAUAAAGACUGAAUUUUG